UCACUGGACAAUGCCAUAUGCUUUGUGGAUGGCGUGGGUGUUGGGGGCUGUCAUUAGCCUCUCCAAAGAAGGGUCCUUUGGUCAGGCUUCUCUGACUUGUGACUCCACUGGUGUCUGUGUUGGCCACUCUAGUUCUUUAAACUCCAUUCCCUCAGGGCUUACAGCAGCUGUGAAAAGUCUUGACCUGUCCAACAACAAGAUCACCUAUAUUGGCAACAGUGACCUGAGGAGGUGCAUGAACCUCCAGGCUCUAGUGCUAAAGUCCAAUGAAAUUAACGCAAUAGAUGAAGAUUCUUUUUUUUCCCUGGGCAGUCUGAAACAUCUGGACUUAUCCUAUAAUGACUUAUCUAAUUUAUCAUCCUCCUGGUUCAGGCCCCUUUCUUCCUUGGAAUCCUUAAACUUACUGGGAAAUCCUUACAAAACACUCGGGGAAACAUCUCUCUUUUCUCAUCUCACAAAUUUGCGAACCCUGAGAGUGGGAAAUACUAACAGCUUCACUACGAUUCAGAGAAAGGAUUUUGCUGGACUCACCUUUCUUCAGGAACUUGAGAUUGUUGCUUCAGCUCUACAGAGUUACGAGCCAAAAAGUUUGAGGUCAAUUCAGAACAUAAGUAAUCUGACCCUUCAUAUGAGUGAGCCUAUUUUACUACUGGAGAUUUUUGUAGAUCUUUUAAGUUCCGUGGAAUAUGUGGAACUGCGAGAUGUUGAUUUGUACAAUUUCCAUUUUUCAGAACUCUCCAUCAGUGAAACAAAUCGAUUGAUUAAAAAGUUUACAUUGAGAAAUGUGAAAAUCACCGAUGAAAGUUUGGCUCAGGUUCUAAAACUUAUGAGUUACGCUUCUGAAUUGUUAGAGAUAGAGUUUGACGACUGUACUCUUGAUGGAGUAGGUGAUUUUAGUACAUUUGAUAAUGACAUAGUUAAAGAUCCAGGUAAAGUAGAAACAUUAACUAUACGGAGGUUGCGUAUUCUACAUUUUUAUUCAUUUUAUGAUCUGAGGACACUAUAUUCACUUGCAGGAAGAGUUAAAAGAAUCACAGUAGAAAACAGUAAGGUUUUUCUGGUUCCUUGUUUACUUUCACAACAUUUAAAAUCAUUAGAAUACUUGGAUCUCAAUGAAAAUUUGAUGUUAGAGGAACAGUUGAAAAAUUCAGCCUGUGAGAAUGCCUGGCCCUCUCUACAUACCUUAAUUUUGAGGCAGAAUCAUUUAACAUCAUUAGGAAAAACUGCAGAGACUUUGCUUACUCUGAAAAACCUGACUCACCUUGAUAUCAGUAAGAAUCAUUUUCAUUCGAUGCCUAAAACUUGUCAGUGGCCAGAAAAGAUGAAAUAUUUGAACUUAUCCAACACACGAAUACACAAUUUAACCUAUUGCAUUCCCCAGACACUGGAAAUUUUAGAUGUUAGUGAUAACAACCUCAAUUCAUUUCCUGUGACUUUGCCACAACUCAAAGAACUUUAUAUUUCUAAAAAUAAGUUGAAGACUCUACCAGAUGCCUCCUUCUUACCCGCAUUACUGGUGUUGAACAUCAGAACGAAUACAAUAAAUACUUUUUCUAAGGAGCAACUUGAUUCUUUUCACAAACUGAAAACUUUGGAAGCUGGUGGCAACACCUUCAUUUGCUCCUGUGAGUUCCUCUCUUUCACUCGGGAGCAGCAAGCGCUGGCCAAGGUCUUCAUCAAUUGGACGGAAAACUACCUGUGUGAUUCUCCAUCCCACGUGCGGGGCCAGCGGGUUCAGGACGUCCGUCUCUCGGUGUCUGAGUGUCACAGGGCAGCACUGGUGUCUGGCAUGUGCUUUGCCCUCUUCCUGUUGAUCCUGCUCACUGGAGUUCUGUGCCACCGUUUCCACGGAGUGUGGUACAUGAAAAUGAUGUGGGCUUGGCUCCAGGCCAAAAGGAAGCCCCGGAAAGCUCCCAGGAGGGACAUCUGUUACGAUGCUUUUGUUUCUUACAGUGAACAGGAUUCCUACUGGGUGGAGAACCUGAUGGUCCAGGAGCUGGAGAAUUUCAACCCCCCCUUCAAGUUGUGUCUUCAUAAGCGGGACUUUAUUCCUGGCAAAUGGAUCAUCGACAAUAUUAUUGAUUCCAUCGAAAAGAGCCACAAAACUGUCUUUGUGCUCUCUGAAAACUUUGUGAAGAGUGAGUGGUGCAAGUAUGAACUGGAUUUCUCCCAUUUUCGGCUCUUUGAUGAGAACGAUGACGCUGCCAUUCUCAUUCUUCUGGAGCCCAUCGAGAAAAAAGCCAUUCCCCAGCGCUUCUGUAAGCUGCGGAAGAUAAUGAACACCAAGACCUACCUGGAGUGGCCCACUGACGAGGCUCUGCAGGAGGGGUUCUGGUUCAAUCUGAGAGCUGCAAUAAAGUCCUAGGUUCCUGUGUGGAAGGCCAGUCUCAGCCUAGUUGGGGUCUUUAUAUCACUGGUUGUAACUGAGUUCAUGCCGACAUAAUUAUAUAAAAACCACAUGAAUGGACUGUCCUUUGAGGACUUGCUUACUAAAACUACCAAAACGACUCAAAUUGUAUCUACCGUGCUGUUUUAUAAAAAUUUACCAGAUU